GCAGCCCAGGAGGAUGGGUGCUGGAUUUGGGAUGUGGACCGGGGCACUUGUGGGACCCGCCCCGACCUCUCCUCCUCCAUCCACUCCCUGAGAUGAGAGCCCAUUGGGCACGGGACACCCUCCUAGGCACGGUGGCCUUUUAAGGUUAUUUGGGAAUUCCAAGAUGAAAAAGACUGGAGGAAAAAAGCGUGGAAUUGAGCAAAAGAACCUGAAAGCCAGAAUGGAUAACCGCUUUGCUACAGCACUGGUAAUUGCUUGUGUGCUCAGCCUCAUUUCUACCAUCUAUAUGGCAGCAUCAAUUGGCACAGAUUUCUGGUAUGAAUAUCGAAGUCCAGCUCCAGAAAAUUUCAGUGAUUUAAACAAAAUCAGAGAUGAAUUUUUUGACAGUGAUCCUGAUGAAAAGACUUAUAAUGACUUACUUUUCCGGUAUAAUGGAACAAUGGGAUUAUGGAGAAGGUGUAUCACUGUACCCAACAAAAGCAUCUGGUUUAGCUCUCCAGAAAAGACAGAGUCAUCUGACAUGAUCACAGAAUGUUUCAGUUUGACACUGUCAGAACAGUUCAUGGAUAAGUAUGUAGACCCUGGAAACCACAAUACUGGGAUUGAUCGACUCCGGACCUAUCUUUGGCGCUGUCAAUUCCUUUUACCUUUUGUUAGCCUAGGCUUGAUGUGCUUUGGGGCUUUGAUUGGACUUUGUGCCUGCGCCUGCCGGAGUCUGUAUCCCACUAUUGCCACAGGAGUCCUUCAUUUCCUUGCAGGUCUGUGUACACUGGGCUCAGUGAGUUGCUAUGUUGCUGGGAUUGAACUACUUCAUCAGAAGCUGCCGGUACCUGAGAAUGUGAAGGGUGAAUUUGGUUGGUCCUUCUGCCUAGCUUGUGUCUCAGCCCCCUUGCAGUUCAUGGCUGCUGCACUCUUCAUCUGGGCUGCCCGUACCAACCGAAAAGAGUACACAUUAAUGAAGGCCUAUCGGGUGGCAUAGAUGGGCUGCAACUUCAAUUACAGUUUGCUACACGACAGUAUUUUUUAAUGUUCAUCUUAUUCUCAUAUCUUUUUCCUUCCUCUCUUGCCUUUUCUACCCACUGUGGACACAAUUCCAUUUUGGAUAUUUUUUUGCAUUGUUUUUCUUUAUUAAUUUUAAAUUUAUGUGGUAGUCUUUGAGAAUUUACACCCUUCAUAUGUCCAAAUAGAUCUAGAACCCAGAGUCCAGAAAAGAGAGUUUAGUAGAUGUAGAGCUUAAAUUUAGGUGUAAAGAGGCUGAUGUAAAGCAAGCUUAACAAAUAACUUCUAAGAGACUUUUAGGUAAAGGUUAAUUUCCGAGUAUUUAUGUUGAAUUUAUGAUACUCUAUUUCAGAAGUCUCUUAUGAUUGUCAUAACUUCUUUAGUUUUGCUGUUGUGUAGAACCUGUCAUCCAUGAAUAUUAGUGCUGUUUUCAAAUGUUACUUAAACAUGUGAUGGAGAAAAGAUGAGUCACAUCUCUCUAACCUUUGAAGUGUAGCUUUAUCUGAGGUGAAUACAGCAGCUCUUAUAAACUGCAUUGUGCAUAAAAUCUUUGAGCAAGGAUGUGAAAAUAUAUAUUUUUUGUUUAUGAAUCCAUAGUACCAGUACUGGAAUUUAGCUCAAACAGCAGGGUAUUAACUUUUUACUCAUAUUAAAAUUUCAGUGUCCUGAUCACCUUCCUCAUACACAGUCUUAUUGAAAGAUAACAAUGUUUUCUAAAAGUAUGUUGGGGUCAGGGAAUUGAAUGCCCCAGCUGCCAUCCAAGACAGUUAACUACUUCUUCAUCAGAAUAUUUAUCCAGAAGAAGGUUAUCUCCCCCCGACCCCCCCAAUCUAAGGCUUUGGCUGCCUAUUAACAAUUGUGGUCUUUAUUUCCUGUGAUGGAAUGAGGUGCCUUUCCUCACCAGACCUCUUCAUGGACAUGUCAGCAUUGUUUAAUUUCUUCUAAUUCAGUUAUUUUUAUAAAUAUGUGUAUAAACUUUUGAACUUUUAAAAUCCUAUUUAUUUAUUCCAUUUCUGUAGAACAUGGCAGGUUUUUUAAAGAAAAUGUAACAUAGUAAUUUCUUACCAUGUCCCAAAUAUGUUGUUUAAAAAAUAAAAUCAAAU